AUCCACAACCACACACACGCACGACAUUUCUAGAGAAAGAGAGAAAGCCUAGGUGUUCACCGGUGGGAAAGGUGACCAUCACCGGCAACUUUGGCGAGUAAGGGAGUGAUUUAGAGAGAGCUCAACGAGUGCUACACUCCGAUCCACAGCUCACCAUCAUUGAAGGUCAGCUCCACGCCUUAGUGGAGAGGAUCUACUAGAUUUAAGCCGCGCCAAGGCUUCACACGUGUUGCCAAAAUGCAGAGGUAUUUUGGUCUAUCUUUGCUGGCCAAACGAGCAUUCAGCACAUCUUCAAGCGGUGAUAAAGUUGUAGCGUCUGUCCUUUUUGAGAGGCUUCCAGUUGUGGUUCCAAAGAUCGAUCCCGUUGUUUAUGCCUUUCAAGAAUUUUCGUUCAGAUGGAAGCAACAAUAUAGACGGGAAUAUCCAGAGAAAUUAUUGAAAAAGGCUGAUUCCAGAGGGAAAGGCGAAUACCAUAUUGAUUAUACUCCUGCUCCCCGGAUCACUGAGGCCGAUAAAUGCAAUGACACGAAGUCAUUAAACAGAGCACUUGACAAAAGGCUCUAUCUUCUCCUGUUCGGGGCAACACUUUCUAGCAAUGGGAAGCCCGUUUGGCAUUUCCCGGAAAAAGCAUACGAAUCAGAAGAGACUCUACGCAGGUGUGCAGAGUCUGCUUUACAAUCUGUGAUUGGAGACCUCUCCCACACUUAUUUCGUCGGCAAUGCUCCAAUGGGACAUAUGGUCACCCACCUCGGCGAGAAUGCCAAUGAACCAUCACCAUCUCUAAAGCGCUACUUCUUUAAAUCCCAAGUGAUCGCGGCGAACAAGUUUGAUGUUCACAAGUGCGACGAUUUUGUUUGGGUGACAAAGGACGAGUUGUUAGAGUACUUUCCAGAACAGGCCGCGGCGUUCCUGAACAAGAUGAUCAUCAGCUGAUGUUGUUGCAGAGCAGUGUUUGUCAAUUCUGUGGGUUUUUUUGGACGUCGCCGGGGGUAAAAGUCUUUCUCUUCCCCCUUUGGAUUUCAGUCCAAUUUGAAGUGUGUUAUUUAUAUCUUCAAAAUCCAACUAUGCUAACACAAAACAAAAAAAAACUAGUGGAGUACUAGAGCAUUUGGAGCUUAUAGAUUGCUUCUGGAAACUUCUCCCAUUUUAAUGUUUCCUUUUUUUUGGGGGCAAAACUAGCAUUUUAUUUCAAUUAUAAGUUUGAAUUUUUGAAUUUCAAAUGGAAAUAGGUGUAUUUUUGUAUGAAUUAUAAAGAUUUGUCUCAAAU